CUUUUGCGUGACAGCGUACGGAGUACAUAUAUCUGCAGUGGAUAUAUAGAAUCAACUCCUGAUUAUAGUAUCCGUACCUCCCGAACAAGCCGAAGGGUAAUGGUUUCAAAUCUGUAUGGACGUGAGUCAUAUCCUCGCCCGUGGCAGGGUUCUUGAUUCGUCUAAAGUUGACAAUCGCUGGAGGGCGCUCCACGAUACCCUCCAACGGCUGCCCCCCCGUCGACUUCACACGAGUCGUCAAGAACGGUUUUGGAGCUUGUACAUGCGAUCUUUAUUAGUCUCGUCGCCCUCGCCCCCUGCGAACGCUUGCCAAACAUGUAAUCACAUCAAAGCACAGACACGCAGGCAUCAACACAUACACACAUAUAAAUGGUAUUGGACCUUUCGAGGGCAAAAGUUUGAUUUGUUCAGAAUUCCAUCUUACUGUCUUAAUUCGACGUCGACGCCCCAGCCCGAACCGAAAGUCCACUAUGAAGUUCAGUCUCCCAUUGCUUGCCGGUCUCGCUACGCUCUGCGUUGCAACUCCACCGAGGACUCCGGAGCCGGGCUUUGGAAAGUCACCUGAAGAACGAGUAAGUUUAGGAUAACAUAGGAUCCCACGACGAGAUAUAUACUAAACAUCCGAUAGGCAGUACGUUCUCCCCAAAGCCUCGACUGAUCAU